AUGGAGGCGACGAACUUGGCCCUGUCACCACGCGAGUCCAUCAAGUCCAGAUCUGACCACAAGACACUGGAAAUGAGUAGCAAACCAAACCAGGUGGGAACAGUCCUCCUAUACGGCGUACCGAUAGUGUCUCUAGUCAUCGAGGGCAUGGAGCGGCUGUGCCUCGCUCAGAUCUCCAACACGCUGCUCAAGCAGUUUUCCUACAACGAGAUACACAACCGGCGAGUGGCGCUGGGCAUCACAUGUGUGCAGUGCACGCCGGUGCAGCUAGAGAUAUUGCGGCGGGCUGGUGCUAUGCCUGUGUCUUCGAGGAGAUGUGGAAUGAUAACCCGUCGCGAGGCGGAGCGGCUGUGCAAGUCGUUCUUGGGGGAUAACGCUCCCCCACGGCUGCCCGACGACUUCGCCUUCGCUGUACACCACGAGUGCGCUUGGGGUUGCAGAGGUGCUUUCCUACCAGCCAGGUAUAACUCAUCAAGAGCGAAAUGCAUUAAAUGCGCAUACUGUGGGUUAUUCUUUUCACCCAACAAAUUCAUAUUCCAUUCGCACCGAGUGGGUCCGGGUGAUAAGUACAUACAACCCGACGCAGCCAACUUCAACUCUUGGAGGAGACACAUGAAGCUCAGUGGUAGCCCACCCGUGGAGGUUGUCCACGCGUGGGAAGACGUCAAGGCGAUGUUCAACGGUGGGACUCGGAAGAGAAUGUUGUCUGCAGCUAGAAGGGUACCAAUUCGCAGGCCAGAGGUGGACUCGGAGGCCAAGAGACCGGCUGCGAGCCCCCCCAGCGCGCACACUCCAGUGCCGAGGCUGGCGGACUACGUGUGGGGGGCGCGGCUGCCACUGCCCUACGCCAUACCCUGGCUCAAGCCCACUCUAUGGUCUCCUGGUGCACUGACGGCGCUCAGCAGCGUGGGUGCGAUAGAGGAGCCGCGUGCGUUCCGCCCGGUGCGUUCACACCGACUGGACUCGCCGCAACUGUCACCCGUCGUCUCGCCGCAGCGGUCGCCCACCAGGUCACCGACUACCUCACCAAGACACACCCGGUCACCGCUCCGGUCGCCACUGCAGUCUCCGGUCCGGUCCUCGGUGCCCUCAUCGCCUGCGCGUUCCUCCAAGAGUGACCGAGACAGUGACGAGAGUGUGGACAUUGAGACCACGGAGGAAGACCAGACAAAAGAAGCGAGAUAGUUGCGCUGCUUGCGUUGCACCUUUGCCGCUAUUACCGCCACCUGCACCAGCGCCACAUUAACUCCAAACAACAGACUGGCCAUACGAUUCAAGAAGCUAUUGAUAGAUGGCGCUGUAAAACAGACAGUUAAAAUAUUGCCAUACGCUAAAAAUAAUACUUAAUCUGAUAAUAGUGAAAUUUAUUGUAUUAGUGCUACGUUAUCAAACUAGUCGAAGUAACAGUUUAGUCACGUAGAAUAUUAUUAAUAAAUGUAGAUAUUAUUAUAGACUUAUGAAAGAAAAUACCAAAGCAAUCAAAAUGAAUUUAAUUCAUGGCAAUUUUAAUUGUUUCCUCAAUUUAUUUAUUAAAGUCUUGAAAUCAUUUAGUUUUAAAAUGUAAACUUGAAGUAAAUAAUAAAUAUUGUACAUAGUGUUAAAUAUCAAUGGAUUGCAAUUUACAUCAAAAUAUAAUACAAAAUAAAUGAUUUAAGUCUUUAAGUAGCUGUUAAUACACAGUAGACAUUGUUUUGAUCAAAUAAACUAUUUUUAAAAUGAAGAUGUGUGAAUUGACCUUAUAAUAAUUCGUGUGUAAAAAGUAUUUCAAUCUUCAAUACAUAUCAUAUCUGUGUACUUUGUAGUGUAUAAUGAAUAUUGAUAGCAAUAUUAAUAUUAAAACUUUAAGUUAAUUUAUGUAUCUAUUUAGAUGUA